CGAGAAAUAGAUGGUUAGGGAUUUGACAAUGAUCAAAUAUGAUAUGCGAGCAAUUCUGGAAAUGGUGACAAAAUUAAGCGAGACCUGGAUUGAGAAAAAUACAGAAACCAAUCCUGAGAUAUCGAGGGAUGAACAAAAGCCGGAAGAAAAUAUUUUGCCAAACUUUACUUUACAAAAUUGGAAAAAUUUCCUUGACUUGGAAGAUUUAUUACAAAAUGAAGACACCGCACGAGCACAACUUGAAAAUAAACUUUAUAACCGCGGAGGAAAAGUUCCGGCCGAAUUAAUACGGCGCAUGCUGGUGUAUGUUUUUACUCCUCAUUUGUCUCUUCAAAUUUCAUGGUUGGGACGGAAGAAGAAUCAGAGAUUGGAAGGAACUCAUUUUGCUCGCAUAUUAUUUGUUAAUACACCUUGUACGAAAACAAAGGAAGCGAUGUCACAAUACUUGAACGCUAAUGUGCAAGAAAGCAAUAGUAUUCCAUUAUUGGAAUUAGAUACAUUAGAUAUAUUGGAAUUAGAUACAAGUUCUAUUAAUUUUAAUUCCGAUACAAAAAUUGGUUCAUCACAUGUAAAUAGAUAUUUGCACAAAAAUAAUCAGCCAAACAGUCCUUCGAUGUUGGCCAUAACACCACAUCGAAGGAAGAGACGGAAACAAUCUCGAAAUGCAACUGUUACUGAAAAUAGUAGAAGUGGAAUUUCUGAUGAAGAUGAAGUGAUAGAAGCCAGUCCUACGCAAAGUGUUGCGUCAAAACUCAGACAGUUCUUAGAACUCAAAAGGAACAUUGCUAAAAAGCGUAUAGAUUUUGGAUCAUGUCCUUCGCCUAAACAUACUGUUAAUACAUUGAAAAAUAAAGUUAACAUAAGUCAUCUACCUGUAGAACAAACUGCAAAUAGAAAUAAAAUAAAUAAUUUUAAUUUGGAUGACACAGAAAAUAAGCCACCUUAAAAAAAGAUGUUAGUGGAUAAGUUUAAUGCAUGCUCAAAAAGAAAGAACGUUUCAGAGCAGGUUAACAUGCGAUGUAAAAGUGACAGAGCAAAGUUAAAAGGCUGGGAUUGCUGGGAAUGCAGAGAAUAUUAUAACAAUUUGUCAUUACCAAAAGAAGAAUUACAAAAACGUAAGAAUCAAUGCUCGCGACAUCGAUACAAAUAUGAGCGACCAAAUACACCAGAAGGUUUUUGGGAUCCGGAAUUUCCUGAGACAUUAUCAAGCACUUAUAGGACAGAAUAAAAGGUGAAAUGUUUCGUCAUUUGAAUUUGAUUCUUAAGGUUUCAUUACGCCUGGUGGUAGAGAAACAUCAUAAUAUGAUCAUAUGAUAACAUUAUCAUGAUAUACGUGUACAAUCCUUUGGUUAAUGUAUUAAAUAACCAAGUGAUGGCUUGUAGCUCCGUAUUAUUGUUUUUUUGAAAUUAUAUUCAUAAUGUUAAUUUAUCUGUGAAACUGUUGUACCGUAUGUAAUAUAUUUUGUCUUUAUUUUGCUCCUAUUUAAUAUAAUUUAAUUUUAAUUGUGCAUAUAUAUUCCUGUGACUGUCAUCUUGACUGUCAAACAGAUGUCAAAAUGACAGUCAAAAUUACAAUCAUGGUAUGGGACGUAAUGCAGUCAUAUUGGCAUUAUUUUGAUAUCAUAUUUGCACUCAUUUUGACAUCAUACUUCUCAUUAAUUUGAUGGCACUUUGACAUUAUUUUGACUAGAUUGUUUUCACUGGGUAUACAUAUGGAAUUUUAGAAUUUUGUAAUAAGUAAAAAAAUUAGUUGUUUUACAAAUAAAUAUAAAAUGUUUUAAUUUGUCACUUACAGAUGCUGUGAAAAAGCGGUACAAAAAUAUUGAUGAUCGUGUCAUUGAAAGUACAAUAAUUGAUUGGUUCCGGCGAGCAUCGGAUAGGAUUCCGAAGAUUCGCGAUGAGACGAAAUAACUUCUAUCGAAGUUAAUCUAUCUACGAUUUUCUAUCUCGUACGAACCGCUGUGGUUCAAGAAGAAACAAGAUCCGUACACGGACAGCCGUUGUUUCGUUUAUAAUGGCGAAUAUUGGGAUCACAAGAGCAGAGGUGACUGGUCGCGAAGUCCAAACAUAUUUUAGUUUGUUAUAUAGAUAGAUUCCAUUGUGUGAUGUGACUUUGUCACAUACACAUGCAGUGUGCAGAGAAAUUUUGUUCAAAAGUGACGGUAGCCUAGAUUAGAAGUCGCGACCGUUCGCGGUCGAGACUUUAAAUGUUUAUGAAAUAACGUUGACGUGAUAAUGGGGUUAUGGGAUAUGAUUUAGCAAUUAAUUCUUCCAAUGAAGUGGACGAAACUUGUUGGCAACUCUGACAUGUGCAAUGUGUAAUUUGUACUUGCAUGUGUCAUCGCCAUCGCCUAUUCUUUAACUCUUCUCUCUCCCUUUUCUCCCCCCUUUUUCUUCCCCAUCUUUCUUUUCGUUUCUUCUUUUCUCUAGUACUGAAGUAAUAUUUAGUCCAACGUGAUGUUUGAUUAACAUGCGCUUGCGUGCUCUUUUUUUUAAGAUUUUGUUCUGAAUUAAUGAAUAGUCAACCUUGAAUUUUUCAGUUUGAUUUGUAAGUGCGUUUUAUUAUACAUAUUAGGUAUAUGUAUGAGUUCGUAAAAAAUCGAAACUCUCAGGCAAGUCGAAUGAAUUCCGGAUAUUAUUUUUAGCCUAAAACUGAGAGAUAGCAAUAAGACCGUAUAGAAAAGAAAAAAAACCUAUUGUCAUUAGAGAGGAAGGAUUUCGAAGUUACAUGUUCCACUUUAUAAUAUAUUCAGUAUUCUCAACUUAUUUUUAAACGAAUAUGAAUCUAGUUUUCUAGAAAAUAAUCCGAGUUUAAGUUAUACUGCACUCAAUCGGUGCUGCUAUAUAUACGAAAAUUGUAUGUAUUUUAUUAUUUUUAAUUUAAUAUUGAAAGUAUUUGUGUAAACGCAGAUAGAUGUGCAAUGAGGAAUAGAAUCGAGCCGACAUUUGACAUGAAUUAAUAUAAAAGAUGCGCUGAUGUUUCUUUUAUAUAUGAUCUCUUACAUCAUUUUUAUAGAAAUAAAGAACACCUCCAUAUCUUAAAAAGCCAAUUGAACUUCGACACGCAUCGGUAUUUGUAAUUUUUCCCUCGUUGCACACUUUUUGCUUGACCUAGUGUCACAACAAAGAAAGUCUGAAAAAUAUUCGAAAUGGAAAAAUAAAUCCUUACGGUAUUGUACGUGAAUUCAAAGAUCUGUGCAACUGCACACGUUCAAAGGUUUAUUCAGUGAUUUAUGAAUACGCGCGCGCGAGAAGAUAGACAUUUGUUCAACAUUUUACACACGUAAUAUAACGCCGACGAUUAUAAUGUCCUUCCUAGUUUGGCCAGCGUUGUUCUAUGGAAAAAAGGAGGAAAAAAAAGAAACCAUGCCAUUUCACGUCCGCACAGAUUUCAAGCACGCUAGAAGCUACGCUCCGAGUUUUCAAUUAAUUUUAGAAGUGUUUGGAAACAUCUAGUUAUUUUUUAUCAAAAUGUUUUUAUUUGAAAAUGGAACGCACAAUAAAAUAGGGUUUAAUUUCUUGCCUUUGCUAACAAGAAUUUAAUAUGGCCGUGAUGACUACUCAUGAGUCUUAAAAAUGAGGAACUUUCUUUUUUUAUGCUUCUUUUACCUAUAUGGUUCUAUAUGCAGAACAUAGUCAAUAGUUCUUGUACUAAAUGUUUGCAUAACUAUAUAUACAUUUUAGCUGUACUAUAUAUAAGCAUUUAUAAGCUGUGUUUUUUUAUAAUAAAAUAAAUAUUAAUCUGAUUUUA